AUGGAUUUGGAAGCCGUCGAAAAGCGAAUUUCAGCGAUUGAAGAGGUUCUGGGCAUCGACGACCUCACUUCGGUAAGUUAUUUUCAUCAAAAGCCCACGAUAAACUAAUUUUUUGCAGACAAAAUCGAUUCCAUCGCAAAUCGAGGCGUUGCAAACGAAAUUGCGAGAUGAUUGCAAAGCAAACCUGCUCAUGUCAAUUCCGGUUCAAAAACUGGAACUUUUGAACAAAAUUGCCACGGAGGUAGACCCGAAAAUCGAUAAUUAGCUAAUUUUGCCAUUUUAGACGUCCGGAAAGUACGGAUCUCUUGCCGACAAGGUUGAGUCGAUCAAAUUUGCUGAAAAUUUGAUAAACGAACGCGCGGAACGCAUAAAAACGUUCCAAGACGCGCUUGAAGUGAGUUUUUUUUUGAAAACAUAAAAGGUUGAGAAACAUGUUCAUUUUCAGCCUUGUCUCGACGAGGAAUUGUUCUCAAAAGUCGCCCAAUUACAGCCGGAACUCGAUGCGCAAAUUGAGAAAUACGAAAAAGCGCUGGAAGAGUGGCAAAAGUGGGUUUUCAGUGAAAAAUGCUGUUUUUGCUCUAAAAAUUUUCUGUUUUUCCAACAAUUUACAUUUUCAGAACCUACGGCGAAUUCACAACGUUGGUCUCGGAGCGCGGCAUGAUCAAUCGGAAAAUCACGGAAAAAGUGUUGGAUUUGCAGACGAGAAUCAACGCGAAAGAGAAAUAA